CAUUAACUUCCGGUGAAAAUUCGGAGUGUGUACGAAAACUAAGUGAAUUUCAAAGAAAAGCUGUAAGAUGGAGGUUGACGAAGAGGGAAAGAGACCCAAAAUGCCCAAAGUGGCAAAGGUCAAGAACAAAAUGCCUGCCCCAGUACAGAUAACAGCUGAGCAGCUCCUACGAGAGGCUAAGGAGAGGGAGCUAGAGUUGGUUCCUCCUCCUCCAAAACAGAAGAUAUCAGAUCCUGAUGAACUUAGAGAGUAUCAGAGAAGAAAAAGAAAAACAUUUGAGGACAAUAUACGUAAAAACAGAAGUGUUAUGACCAACUGGAUCAAAUACGCCCAGUGGGAGGAAUCUCAGAAAGAAAUUCAAAGAGCCCGUUCAGUGUAUGAGAGAGGACUAGAUGUGGACCAUCGAAACAUCACAGUUUGGUUGAAGUAUGCAGAAAUGGAGAUGAGAGCCAGACAAAUAAACCAUGCCAGGAAUAUCUGGGACAGAGCUAUAACAAUACUCCCCAGGGCCAAUCAGUUCUGGUAUAAGUACACUUACAUGGAGGAGAUGUUGGGAAAUAUUGCAGGAGCUCGUCAGGUGUUUGAGCGUUGGAUGGAGUGGGAGCCGGAGGAACAAGCUUGGCAUUCCUUCAUCAACUUUGAGCUGCGUUACAAAGAACUAGACCGAGCUCGAAUGAUUUACGAGAGAUUUGUUCUGAUACAUCCGGAGGUAAAGAACUGGAUUAAGUAUGCACGCUUUGAGGAAAAACAUGGCUACAUCAACAGUGCAAGGAGCAUUUAUGAGAGAGCUAUUGAAUUUUUUGGAGAGGACAACAUGGAUGAAAAACUUAUCACAGCUUUUGCCAGAUUUGAGGAGGGACAAAGAGAGCAUGAAAGAGCCCGGGUAAUCUACAAGUAUGCUCUGGACACCCUGCCUAAAGACCAGUGUCAGGAAAUUUACAAAGCCUACACAGUUCAUGAGAAGAAAUUUGGAAGUCGGGCUGCCAUUGAAGAUGUUAUUGUGAGCAAAAGGAGGUUCCAAUAUGAAGAGGAAGUAAAAGCCAAUCCUUUGAAUUACGAUGCAUGGUUUGAUUACAUAAGAUUGCUGGAAUCUGAUGCUAACACAGAACAAGUGAGGGACACAUACGAAAGAGCUAUAGCAAAUAUACCACCAUCUAAGGAGAAGCGACACUGGCGUCGGUACAUUUACCUGUGGAUUAACUACGCGCUGUAUGAGGAGCUAGAGGCUGAGGACAUAGAGAGGACAAGGGACGUCUAUAAAGCUUGUCUAGAUGUCAUUCCUCAUAAACACUUCACAUUCGCCAAACUGUGGCUCCUGUUUGCCCACUUUGAAAUCCGACAGAAAAAUUUACAAGGAACAAGAAGGAUAUUGGGUACUGCUGUUGGUAAAUGUCCAAAGAACAAAUUAUACAGAGGUUACAUUGAGCUGGAGUUACAGUUAAGAGAAUUUGAGAGAUGCAGAAUCCUGUAUGAGAAGUUUUUAGAAUUUGCACCAGAAAAUUGUACAACCUGGAUGAAGUAUGCAGAACUAGAAACCAUAUUAGGAGACACAGAGAGGGCUGAGAGUAUUUAUGAACUGGCCAUCAACCAACCCAAACUGGACAUGCCAGAGGUGCUAUGGAAGGCUUACAUUGACUUCCAGAUCGAACAAGAGGAAUAUGACAAAACUAGAGCACUGUAUAGGAGGUUACUGGAACGCACCCAGCAUGUUAAGGUUUGGAUAAGCUUUGCCCACUUUGAGCUGUCUGUCCAGAGUGAGGAUGGUAGCAAUGUGAAGAAUGCCAGGAAAGUUUACAGUGAGGGGAACAAGUCUAUGAAGAAUAAUAACGAGAAGGAGGAGAGGUUAAUGUUACUGGAGUCCUGGCAGGAAAUGGAGAGAGACCAGGGUGAUGAAGAAUCUCAGAGUAAGGUGGAUAAACUGAUGCCACAGAAAGUGAAGAAAAGGAGGAAGAUUCAGACAGAGGAUGGGUCGGAUGCUGGGUGGGAGGAAUACUAUGAUUACAUUUUCCCGGACGAGGAGGCAGCUCAACCAAACCUCAAACUGCUGGCCAUGGCCAAAAAAUGGAAGCAAGUUCAGGAAACUGCCCCAGAGGAGGAAGAGGAAGUGGGAUGAACUUCUUAUUGUCACUUCGUGUUGGGAUGUUUUUAUGCAUUAUGUGUAAUACAUUUCUCUGUGAUGUCUUUCUAUAAAGAAAUGACUAUAUGGACUGUGCUGACCAAGACAAAGGUCAGAAGGAGAGAGAGAACAUGAGAUGUGAUUGGUAUAUGAAUGCCAGAUUAUAAAUAAAAAAU